AUGGCCCCAAAGCAACGUAUGAAUGUUGCCAAUUCACAAUUCAGCAAAAACGUCACUAAUCGCGGAAAUGUCGCUAAAUCCCUGAAACCCCAAGAAGACAAGUAUCCAGCCGCUCCUUGGCUGAUUGGACUCUUCGUAUUUGUGGUUUGCGGGUCAGCUAUCUUUGAGAUCAUUCGGUACGUGAAGAUGGGUUGGUAG